AUGACGCCCAAUAAGGACUGGUUUACUACGUACAAACUGGUCAGUUCUGGUUCCAUUCUAAUAGGGAACGAUGCUGCGUGCAAAGUGAUUGAGAUGGGGAAUAUUAGAAUCAUGAUUUAUAAGUACGAAGGUGGGGUAAUGAAGGUGAGCAAGGGAGUUUUGACCGUGAUGAAGGUGAAGAGAGUGUCGGGUAAUAUUUACACACUGCUGGGUACCACGGUUAUAGGUGGGGCUGCAGCUGCAGAGUCUGAGUCUGAGUCUGACAGUACUCUUCUGUGGUAUAUGCAUCUAGGGCAUAUGAGAGAGUGUGGAAUGAAGGAACUUCACAAGAGAGAUCUUCCAAAGGGGGUAAAAUCAUGCAAGAUGGAGUUCUGCAAGUACCGCGUGCUUGGAAAGAAGAGCCAAAUUCAGUUCAUGAUGGCCACACACAAGACGGAGGGAGUACUGGACUAUAUUCAUUCUGAUGUUUGGGGACCGGUGAGAGUGGCAUUAUGA